AUUCCUCUGUCUCUCAGUACAAAGGGAAACUUCCUCUUUGGCUGCUUCUUCCCAGUUUCAAUAAAUUUAAUGCCAACCAAUUCUAAUUCUUGAAAACAAAAGCAUUGAUCAUCAUCACAGGUUUUUAACAACAAAUAACCAUGUUCCCUGGUUUAUACCAUGAUAUUGGCAAAAGGGCCAGAGAUCUUCUAUACAGAGGCUAUGCUCAGCAACCACCUAAUCUCUGCCAGUUCCAAGGCUUUGAUUGCAGCCUUGAUAUCUCCUGUCGAAUUGGAGACAUUGCACCUGGACUAAGGACCCUUUUUAACCUAGACAUUCCGGAUUCUGCAAGAGUGGAGCUGCAAUACUCGGGAGACUAUGCUGGGAUAACAGGAGGAUUGGGGUUGAAAGGAAACCCAAUUACAGGAUAUAAGCCCCUCAUAAACUUGUCGGGUGUGGUAGGAAGCGAUUUUCUAUCUCUUGGAACUGACCUAGCCUUUGACAUAUCAACUAGAACACUCAACAAAGUCAAUGCUGGUUUGAGCUUCAGCAGUGACUUCCUUAUUGCUUCCAUAAACUUGAAUGACAUGCUUGACACUUGGAAGGUUUCCGGUUGCCGCGUUAUCAACCCUCCGACCAACACUGCCAUUGCAGCAGAACUCAAGCAUACCUUUUCAGUCAAUGACACUGCCCUCACUAUUGGUGGCCAGCAUGCAAUAUUUCCUUUUACAUUGUUGAAGGCAAGAUUAAGCACUUAUGGCAGGGCAGGAGCUCUUAUUCAGCAAGAGUUGUUCGAAAAGCUUGUUCUAACAAUUGGUGGAGAGCUGGACUUUAUGGACAUAAGGAGAGUUCCUAAUCUUGGUCUGUCUGUGGCAUUCAACCUUUAGAAGAAGCCAGCACAGAAAGCUUCUUCUACAUCCACACAACAAAAGUACAAACAUAUGGAACUUAUGGUUUUCCUGGAAUAAUUUUUGCGUGUCAUACAAAAAGAUAUUGAGGCAAAUACUUUAGUAGUAAGUUAGAGGUACUAUUCUAGUAAAAGUAAAAUAAUUUAUUUGUAUUUUUUUAAGAGGCAGGAGAAGAAGUAAGUUAGUGUAUACUUCUGCAUCACUUCCAUUGGACAUGUACUUGAGAAAGUGAAAGAUAUAUGUAUACCGGUUUCCAGAAAAUGGUAAAAGUAUUAAUGAAUGGAAAUUACUCC